AUGGACUCUUUUCUCAGGCGUCCAAAGCGAAAAUCGACCCAUGCUGACGCUACACCAGAAUUGGAAACAGCACUGGAAGAUGGCGAAGAGUCGACUGAAAUCAAGCUCGCCAUGCUCUCCUCGUUACAUCCCCUUGUUGAACAGGAAAGGCUUUUGGAUGUCCUCUUAGCCCACGAUGGCUCUGUUAGCCAGGCAUCAGAAUCUCUCAAGUCUUUUCGUCCUAGGGUGAAGAAAAAUGGUACCAUAGGAUACCAACAAUCCCUGAGACAGUACGCAAAACCUAGCCAAGAUGCACCGCUGUCAUCGCCUAAGAAAAAGAUCAAAAAGGGCAGCACGCUACAUCUGUACGAUCCAAAAGACGUUGCAGAGCACACGCCAUGUACCAUUAUACACAAUUUUCUCCCUACCGAGCUGGCAGACCAACUCCUGAAAGAGUUGCUGGAUGAGGCGAAAACAUUUGAGCAAAUCACAUUCAAACUAUUUGAGAAUGUCGUGACUAGCCCGCACACAUCGUGUCUAUUUCUCGAAUCAUAUGAGAAAAUCCAAGAACAGAAACACGAUUACUAUUACAAUGGAGGCAUGCUUAAUGAUGUGCGUCAGCUCACCCCAACACUCGCCAAAGUGAAGCCGAUUGUCCAAGAGAAUGUCAACGAACAAAUUUUAUCUCGCAUCAAGGCUUGCUACCCUGAAGGCAAAAAGUUGAAGCACCAACCAUCCAAACCAUGGGUGCCGAAUGCUGCAUUUGUCAACUGCUAUGCUGGUGCACAGCAGAGCGUAGGGUGGCACAGUGACCAUCUUACCUACCUAGGCCCUCGUGCUGUUAUAGGAUCCAUCUCCCUCGGUGUAGCACGGGAAUUUCGCGUCCGUAAGAUUCUGCCCCGAGACGCAGAAACAAAGCGUCCAGACGAUGCGGAUGGCGAGGGCCAAAUAUCAAUACACCUGCCACAUAACUCUCUACUCGUGAUGCACGCAGAAAUGCAGGAAGAAUGGAAACAUUCCAUCUCACCUGCAUUAUCUAUCGACCCACAUCCACUCGCCGGGAACAAACGCAUAAAUAUCACCUAUCGAGACUAUCGGGCAGAGAUGCAUCCAUCACUCACCCCGAGAUGCCGCUGCAAUGUUCCCUGCGUGCUUCGAGUGGUACAACGGAAGAAAGAAAACCAUGGGAAAUAUUUUUGGAUGUGCUAUGCAAACGCUAUUCCAGACCAAGAAGGGUGUUCGUUCUUUGAAUGGGCUGAAUUUGACGAUGAAGGAGUCCCGAUUCGCAAAAAAGGGAUGGCGAAGCCGCCCUAA